CAGAAGCCUUCGAUACUAAAACUCCAAGAUCCAACAGUUUAUGGCAGCAGUAGGGAAAUUGUUAAGAUGGUUGACUUUAACAAAUUCGUGUCUCGUUACGUUUGUAACAUCGGAAACUGCGAUUUCUAUUCUUAUCUCAAUAGUGAUUUCUUGUAUCAUUUGAGCCAGGAUCAUGUUAAUUGUGACCAGUUCUAUUGUGACAUCUGUGAUAAAUGUGAUGGAAAUGAAUUUGUAUCACUCAACCCGACAUCAUUCGUUAAACAUUUCAAUUUGCACAGUUUUAACACAUAUCAAUGUAUUUUCUGCUUGUUUGGUGCUGAAUUUAUCAAUAUUAUGAUAAUUCAUUUAGCGAUGGAGCAUUUUGAAUAUGAACCUUUAUGUUUGGAGCGCCGUCCUAUAAACAAUUUUUGUGACAACAAAAAGAUAGAAAAUCUAAAAAUUUUAAAUAUUAAGAAAUGUAUACCGGCUGGUAUAAUAAAAGUAGUGAAUGUUAAAUCACUAAAAGAUAUUAGUAAAAAAGAAUGUCAAAUUAAUGAAAAACGUCAAGCAGAUCCAGCUGACACGUCAUGUACAAAUACCAAAACAGUUGGCUUUGAAAAUAUAACUCAGCCCUCAAGAUCCGAUAAACCGAUCGAUUGGUCCAAAAUAUAUGCAAAAUUUGAGAGAUUUUAUAAUAUAAGCCACAAUAAUGAAAUUUGUCAAUCAGAUUCUGGAAAUACAUGUGCUAAUGAGAACACAGUUAAAUUCGACAAUGCUACUCAACUCCCAAGAAGAAGUAUUAAAGAAGUUGUUCGCCCCUCAAAAAAUACACUAAAACCGGCUAUUGGUAACAAAAAUAUAACUAUUAAAUCUGAUGAAGCGAAAAGAAAUGUUCCAAUAGAUGCAAAACGAAUUCCAAAUGUUGGGGCUUCAAUUAUAAAAGACAAAAGAAAUUCAUCACAACUAUCAAAUUAUGAUAUUAUAAACAAUUUUGAAUUAAAAAAUGAUAUUGGAAUAAAAACUGAAGAAAAAUCUUUAGAAAUCCCUUCAUGCGACGAACCGUUGGAUCAGAAUAAAGUCAUCCCAGCCUAUAUUUCGUAUGAAGACCACUUGAACCGGUGUCCUUUAGAAACUCCUAUUAAGUGUACUUUCUGCUUGGCACAGUCGGAGUCGACAUUUGAUGUUGUAAAACUUUCGAAGCUUCUCACUCCGAACUGUUUUACAUGCACUUUUUGCAACUUAGAAUUACCAUCUACUGACAUUGCCAAGAUCCACGUAAAAGAAGUACACAAUAUCUCCAACGUCGUAUUCGUGCCCUUAGAUUUUAACGCGACUGAUAUCGAAAAAGACCGAUUUCUCGUUUGCGAAGAUAAGUGUUUGAAACGACAAAUACCAGCAAAUGAUGGUACCUUUUACUCCGAAAUCCUUAAAAAUAUAGCCAUCUCCCGUAUGAAACGUUCUAAAGUUGAAAAGAAACUUGAUGAUUCUCAAUUAACUACAGUUAUUAAGAAUACUACGAAUACCUCAAGACAGCAGAUUAAAAUCAAUCUAGAUGAAUCAGAACAACCAUACAAAACCACAAAAAGAAAACAUUCCAUUGAGAGCACCGAUAUAAGAACAGUUGAAAAUAAUACAGAUGAUUUUAUAUUAAAAUUUAACUAUACACCUCCAUUACACAAACCAAACAGUUAUUUUCCCCAGUUUGUUCCAAGAAAUAAACGGUUUACAUGUCCAUUAUUGUGUAAUUAUAUCGGUGUCAGUAUGGAAAAUCUGGAGCACCAUAUACGCAAUUCAUUUCAUCGAAAGUGUUUCUAUUAUGUAUGUCUACAUUGUAGGCCAUUAAUUGUUUCGUUUUAUAAUCUACGUGAUUUUGAGUUGCAUUUGAAUUUUCAUGGUAUUGAAUUAUACAUUUGUCAGUAUUGUGAUUACAUUCAUUAUAAUCGUUUAAAAAUAGAAUCACACCAGAAAAGGAAGCAUCCGUUUAGAGUGAACGGUGAGAAUAAAUUCAAUAUAGUAGCAAUCAGAAGUGGUAAUCCAGAUGAGGAAAUAUGUGAAUGGAAAUGUAAUAUAUGUAUGCCUGGUAUUAAAUAUACAAUAACUCAAAUUUCUGCACACCUAUCAAUAGUUCAUAAGAUAUCAAACAUGUUUAAAUGCCCUAUGUGUAUAUAUGAUAGCAAUGAUUAUUAUGUGUUUGAACGACAUUUCAAGUUGAAACAUCCAUCCAUGGAAGUAAAGUACUUGAACGUACAUUUUGAUAAGAUUAGUCCAGAUGUAGAAUUACAAACGGCCAAUAAGCAAAUAAACGUCGAUGAACACUUUCCGAGUAAAAAAAAUCAUUUGGAAAAUGUGCUGGAAGCUUUUGACGUUGUCGCAGAACCAACGCCCGCGUUACACGCACCACGGGAAACGACAAAAUCGCUUGUUGUAUCAGAAGAUCAAGAGAAAAUACUUGACAACCCCCCCGGCCAACUAGAAAAUUAUUUGAAAUUAUUAUAUUCAACAGUCAAAUACGAAUGUCCCAUAUGCAACGAGUUCGUAAUUGAUGAAAAAGAAUCUUUUCGCAAACAUUUAUUAGAAGAAAUAAAUUUUACACUAUGGAAAUGUUUGGAAUGCUUUAUGUUCAGCAAUUCAGUGGAACAAAUGGAAACGCAUGUAAAAAAACACAACGAGUUAAAGCGGAAAUUUGAGAAAAUCGAAAUUUAUAAAAAAAAUAGUUUGAUUGAUGAAAUAAUUGAAUAUCAAAGUAUACGUAUUGAGCAAGAAUUGUACAGAAGAAACCAUUAUAAUGCUGAUUGUGAUGACCGAAAUGGAACCAAACAUGGCAACGUUCAAUAGAAAUAGAUGUACUAAACGCUCAAAUUGUUCACAUAUUUUCAAUCAUGAAUUUUCGUAAACAUGAACAUUUCAAAUGCUAAAAUUAUUGAUUGUGGACAGUUCAAAGUCAUUGUAAGAGUUCUUUCACGUAGAUGGGGGAUUCAAACUAAUCUAGCUUGUGACUAUGGAAAUUUAAUACAGCCAGUUAACACAUUUUAAUAGAAUGCCAAAAAGAAAAAUUCCGCCACGGUUUUCAGUGAUUACAUGUAGUGACUCCAAAAGCAGUAAACUGGAUCUCUACAUGCCGCUAUGACUCGUAAUAUCUUUUCACAUUUCUCUUAUACUAAUGAUUAUUAUUUUUUAUAUUUGUAAUUUUAAUUAGUUCAAACAAUGUAUGUAUUAU